AUUUUACCUCGCCCUCCCGCCUCUUCAAGAUGGCGUCGUCCAUCAAGUGGCGUAAGGUGGCGACAUGUAGUGGUCCAGCGCCAAGACCGAGACAUGGCCAUCGGGCAGUUGCUAUAAAGGACUUAGUAAUUAUUUUUGGUGGUGGGAACGAGGGAAUUGUCGACGAAUUACACGUUUUGAACACAGCCACUUCACAAUGGUUUGCUCCCGCUGUUCGGGGUGAUGUUCCUCCUGGUUGUGCUGCUUUUGGCUUUGUCUGUGAUGGAGUCAGACUGCUUGUAUUUGGUGGAAUGGUGGAAUAUGGGAAGUACUCUAACGAUCUAUAUGAAUUGCUAGCAAGUCGAUGGGAAUGGCGGCGACUGACUCCCUUAGGGACUCCACCAUGUCCUCGUCUUGGUCAUUCUUUUAACCUUCUUAACCAGAAAGCGUACAUUUUUGGUGGUCUGGCUAAUGACAGUUCUGAUCCAAAAAUCAACAUCCCACGUUACAUGAAUGAUAUGCACACAUUGGACAUUAAAGAGGGCAAGACGUUACAAUGGGAGAGUCCUCGCAUGCUCGGCAGUGUUCCCGCACCAAGAGAGAGUCAUACUUGUGUUGGACAGCAAGGGAAAGAUGGCAAGGAAGGACGGCUUAUUGUUUAUGGUGGAAUGAAUGGAUGUCGACUAGGAGACUUACAUGUUAUGGAUGCUGGAACGUUUCAGUGGUCAAAGACAGAAGUGAACGGUGUUCGGCCUCUUCCUCGAAGUUUACACACAGCAGUUAUGGUGAAAAACAAGAUGUACGUGUUUGGUGGGUGGAUACCAUUGGCUACUGACUUGGACAACAAGUCACAAGUUCAAAUUCACGAGAGAGAAUGGAAAUGUACAAACACAUUAGCAUGCCUUGAUACAGACACAUGGAUGUGGAAUCACACUUCAGCAGAAGAGCAUUGUGAUGAUAGCUCUCCUCGUGCAAGAGCAGGACACUGUGCAGUUGCUGUUGAUACUCGUGUCUAUGUUUGGAGUGGCCGUGAUGGAUAUAGGAAAGCGUGGAACAAUCAGGUUUGUUGUAAAGAUUUGUGGUAUUUGGAGACAGAGAAACCAUCAGCACCAACAAAGGUUCAACUUGUUCGAGCCAGUACUACGACUUUAGAAGUUUGCUGGUCACAUGUGCCUUGUGCUGACGAGUACUUGCUCCAAGUUCAACGCUUUGAACCUAUGAAUCAGUCAGCUCCUGCUGCUGCAAAAGAACAACAUCAAGACAAGAAAGAGGACCAGGAAAAGGCAGACGAGAAAAAGGAACCAGGAAAGACAGGCAACGUAAACGAUGAGUGUUCAUCAAAAGAUGAGAAGGAAGAUGAGAAGAUGGAGGUAAACAAGCAGGACGAUGAAAAGAUGCAGGUAGACAAGAAGGAGGACGACAAGAUGGCACUAAGCAAGGAGGAUGGCAUGGAAGUAGAUGACAAGAAGAAUGAGAAUGAAGACAAGCAAAAGGAAGACGUAAAACCAGUUGAUACUAACAUAAAGCAGGAAGAUGAAAAGAAAGAAGUUGAAAAGAAAGAAGAUGAAAAGAAACAAGAUGAAAAGAAAGAAGGUGAAAAGAAAGAAGUUGAAAAGAAACAAGAUGAAAAGAAAGAAGAUGAAAAGAAAGAUGCUGAAAAGAAGGAAGCUGAAAAGAAAGAACCACAAAACAAUUCAGUUUCACCACCUGAUGAUAUUUGGUAUGAGGUGGGGAGAAGCAAGACCAAUUCAUUGUCUGUGUCACAAUACAGUGUUCCAAUGAUGGUGAAAAGCGACAAGUCUGAAUCAGGUGUCAAGCAGCAUGUGACAAAGCACGACCUUCAGCCUGGCACAGCGUACAAGUUUCGAGUGGCUGCAAUAAAUGCUGUUGGAAUGGGCAAGUUUUCUGAUGUCACGGCUUUCAAGACUUGCCUACCAGGUUUUCCUGGUGCUCCAUCUGCCAUUCGUAUCAGCAAGGCGGCUGAUGGCGCUCAUCUUUCGUGGGACCCUCCCACUAAUGCGGCAGGCAACGUCACUGAAUACUCGGUCUACCUGGCAGUCAAACCCCAACCACAGAAGAACGGGGCUGCUGCCACAACUCCAACCCAGCUGGCGUUUGUUAGAGUAUACUGUGGUGCAUCUCCAUCAUGUGUUGUCUCAACGGUCAGCUUGGGCCAAGCUCACGUUGAUAUGACGAGUAAACCAGCUAUCAUUUUCAGAAUAGCUGCAAGAAAUGACAAAGGAUAUGGACCUGCAACGCAAGUCAGGUGGCUUCAAGAUGCGAAGGACAUUCAGGCUCGACAGCAACAGCAGCAGCAACAGCAGGCAGUCAAACGCCAAGCUGCUGAGCCGGCUCAGGGCGAGGCAGCCAAGAAGAUAAAAACAGAGCAGUAAAACGGACAGAAUUUGGAUUAACGAGAUUUUCUCUACAGCUAAGUGCAAUGCGACUGAUAUAAUAUCUCUGAUGUGUGUGUGUGUGUGUGCAUGUAUGUGAUAGUUAGUCAUAGGUAGCUAUGUGAUAGCUGAGCAUCUUAUUCACUAAGUAGAAUUUUCACUGUCAACAAGCCGUUUGUAAAAUUAUGUCAUUCUUUGUUUAAC